AACGCGCCUGGUAGAAGCAUUACUUGCUUGCACUGCUAACAGUUGUUCCAUUGGAAAAGAACAGAAACGAGCCAUGGCAUCGACAAAGUACGUGAUCAUCGUAAUUAUGAUGCUGGGAGUAGCAUACCAAGCUUUAGGAGUAGCUGAAGAGUCUAACAGAAAUCUUGUAGGUCCAAACUUCCCGUACGGCAGAGGACUGAAUAACGAAUUGCAACUUGCUAGACUGCUACUUCUGCCACAAUGGCUCUGUCAUCCUAAACGCAAUUCUGAGCUAAUAAACUCGCUGCUGGGUCUACCGAAAAACAUGAACAUCGCUGGAAAAUAAAUGCUGCUGGAUAACUAUUUUAUGAACAGUAAUAUAUUUCAUAAAAUUCAGUGGUAAUUAAAUUGCGUUUUAUUUAUCAUGUAAACUCCAAAAAUCUUUGGAGCUUAAUAAAAGGUUAUCAGUAAUAAAUAAAUGUAAAAGAGUA